AUGCUUGCAAAAGCUGUUGUCAGUUACGGCGCACCAGCUCAUUCGAUCGAGGCAUGGCUAUCCGCCACAGCUGAUAUCCUCUCGGUUGAAGCAUCGUUCUUCUACCUGCCCUCAGUAUUGAUCGUUGCGUUUCGCGAUUCGGACGUUCAUUCCACCGACAUACUUUUCAUUCGACCUAGUGGGGGACUGGAGCUGUAUAGGCUGUCCUUAGUUCAUGAGGUGUACCGGAAAGUAGUACACGAUGAAAUAUCCGCAAGUCAAGGAUGUAGGGUUUUGAGGAGGAUAGAACGAAGAACUGUACCCUAUUCUCGGUUGAGUCUUAUUCUGGCCGCCGCGGUCGCUUCUGCUACAUCUGCAAGAGUGGCAUUCUCUGGCUCCUUCAUCGAUAUAUUGAUGUCUGGAGCCUUGGGAAGCAUGCUUGCUGUGGUACAAUUCACUAUCGCAGAGAAGAACAAGCUAGUCUCCAACAUAUUUGAGAUUGGUAUGGCGGGCAUCCUGAGUUUUGCUGCAAGAGGUUUGGGAGCUUCGGGCUACUUCUGUUACGAGUCUCUGGCAUCUGCAGCAAUCGUACUCAUUCUACCUGGAUGGCAUAUUUGUCUCGGAGCUUUAGAACUAGGCUCGAAGAAUGUUGUGGCUGGAGCCAUUGAGAUAUGGGAUUCUUUCGGUCCGUCGCAGCCUUCAGCAAUGAGCUCAGCGACCACUUCCAUGGCUACUAUCACAGGGAGCUUCAAUAGUAAUAACACUUACUGGGAUCAGACAUUCAAUAAUGGAACAUUCACGUUUUCUAAUUCUACGGGGAGCACAGAAGAAGCCACGACGGUCGCGUGUUACCGUAAUCCUGACUGGAAUUUUUGGUGGUAUACUGAACCUAAUGAUUAUUGGCUCUUCUUACUCGUUCCUGCUUUCGCUUUUUCGCUCGGCGUAUGGUUUAGAGCGGAUUGCAGGUCAAAGGACAUGGUCGUCAUGGUCCUGGUAGCUUGUGCAGGCUACGUAGUCAAUUUUUUCUUGUCUCAACAUUUGGACCAGUCGAACGUCGUUUCAGCAGUGUCUGCUUUCACUAUAGGGUAA